AUGCACGGAGAAGCCAGACCACUCUUGGUUACACAAGACUCGCCAGCCAAGGUCACAGCAGUCCAGAGUGACUCCCCAGCCAAGGUCACAGCAGUCCAGUGUGACUCCCCAGCCAAGGUCACAGCAGUCCAGUGUGACUCCCCAGCCAAGGUCACAGCAGUCCAGUGUGACUCCCCAGCCAAGGUCACAGCAGUCCAGUGUGACUCCCCAGCCAAGGUCACAGCAGUCCAGUGUGACUCCCCAGCCAAGGUCACAGCAGUCCAGUGUGACUCCCCAGCCAAGGUCACAGCAGUCCAGUGUGACUCCCCAGCCAAGGUCACAGCAGUCCAGUGUGACUCCCCAGCCAAGGUCACAGCAGUCCAGUGUGACUCCCCAGCCAAGGUCACAGCAGUCCAGUGUGACUCCCCAGCCAAGGUCACAGCAGUCCAGUGUGACUCCCCAGCCAAGGUCACAGCAGUCCAGUGUGACUCCCCAGCCAAGGUCACAGCAGUCCAGUGUGACUCCCCAGCCAAGGUCACAGCAGUCCAGUGUGACUACCCAGCCAAGGUCACAGCAGUCCAGUGUGACUCCCCAGCCAAGGUCACAGCACUCCAGUGGUAUAAAUAG